AUGGUUGGAGGUCAUUCUCUACUUCUAAUUCGACUUCGAUAUUUAAUUCAAUCAAGAUUCGAAAUUAUUCUUUCAGUCGAAGAAUUACUGUCAAAUUUAGUUUAUUCGGAUCUCAAAAAACUUAUAGACUCAAAAAUAAAAUCUAGAAAAUAUCUGAUAUUUUUCCCCGCUUUGUAUGGAGAAUGCAUUCCUUAUAUGAAAUUGGCAAAAUAUUUGGAAAAUCGUUUUGAAAUUGUGUUUUUGGAAGAAUUUAUUGGGGAAACAAUGGAGAUUGUGGUGGAGAAUUAUGAGCAACAAAUUCGAAAAAAAGGUCAGUUAGCCCAAAUAUGAAAAAUGCCACGUGGGAUAAAAAUAUUUCAGCUCCAAUCUCAAAUCUGACAUUUAUUGGAGCUUCAGCAGCUGGAACAUUCGCUUUUGAAACUUCGAAAAAAUUUGGGAAAGUCAAUGUGAUUUUGUUGGAUUCUGGAACUUAUUGGGAAAAUAUCAACAAAUUGAAUUUCGAAAAUCACAAGAAGGUAAACGCCUAAUCUAUAUCUUAAGGUCAAAUUCUUCCAAGAAAAUCCAAUUUUCCAGGACAUCCAUGAAAAUCUAUCAAAGUAUAACAUUGAUUCAAUGAAUAUCAAUCAAUUAGCCGAAUCUUCUUGGAAAACUCUUCAGAUUCUAAAAAAUUUCGAGCCAAAUUAUCAUCCAAAUUUCGACACAAAGAUCUUUGUUUUAUCAAUUGAUGGAACAGAUUUGGGAUGGAAAAAGUGA